AUGCCCGAGCAUGAAACAAUAACACUAUUUGAAGAGUGCAACGCGAUCAUCCAGCACAGGAUCCCUCCCAAACUUAAAGAUCCAGGGGGAGCAAGCAUUAACUUAAUUCCUUUGCCUCUUUACAGGAAAUUGAGAUUGGGAAAUCCCAAGGCGGCUUCUACCAUCCUUCAGCUGGUAGACCGAACAUUGAAACAUCCUUAUGGAAUAGUCGAGGACAUGCUCAUCAAGACGGGAGAAUUUAUUUUUCCAGCUGACUUUAUCAUUCUAGACAUAGAAGAGGCAUCCCAAAUUUCAAUAAUACUAGGAAGGCCAUUCCUGUCAACUAGUCGGGCAUUACUUGAUUUUGAUACAAACGAGACAGUCCUGAGGGUGGAAAAUAAGCAACAAAGCUUCACCAUGGAGAAUCCAAUCAAGCAACCAUCAUAUUUUGAGGAUUGCCAACGAGUUGAUCAUUGGGAAAGUUAUAAAGGCCGGCCAAAUGUAGGUAGAAUUGUUGGUAGGGAUAACAAUGGAAACUUGAUCAUGUGGCAGAUGAAAGAUGAAAAAAAGAAGUUCAACCAGUGCUUAAAAUGCAGGGCAGAAAAUUCUCUUUUCAAGCCACCAUAA